UAUGGUUACCCCUCAACUGAAUAAUGCACUGCUCUACAAAACUCCAAAGUGAACUAAAACUUGGAUUUUACAUUCGACAGACAGGUCGCACUGGGAUAGUCGUAUGAAUAGAUUUCCUUGUGAAACGACAAUUUUAGAAUAAGGUCAACCAUUCUUGAAGGAUGGAGAACACGACUACCCCGUGGUCCAAUGGCACAGACGUGGACGACAUUCCCCAGUAUGUCGGCUUCAUCUGCUGUGGGAUAGCGUCCAUCUUGUUCGGCACCGAAUUCGUACCAGUCAAGAAGUUCGAGACUGGUGAUGGAAUGUUUUUCCAGUGGGUGUUUAGUAAUUCCAUCAUCAUCUCGGCUAUAGUGAUACAGACGAUACGGCUGUCACGAUUUUACCCCUUCGUCAUGGUCGGGGGCAUCUUAUGGGCUACAGGAAACAUCUGUGUCGUCCCCAUCGUGAAGACCAUCGGCCUUGGUCUCGGUCUCUGUGUCUGGAGCUCUGUGCAGUUGCUCGUCGGCUGGGCCAAUGGCAGGUUCGGGCUGUUGGGCGUCGAAGCAGAGAUCCCCAACAACCUCGUCAUGAACUACGUCGGGGUGUCUAUCUCUCUCGUCAGUACAGUGCUGUACGCUUUUGUCAAGCCAGAUAUUAAACCUAUCACCAUGGACAUAACAAUACCAGCACCUGUCGCUGAGUGGGCGGACAGUAAGGGGAUCCGAAUGGCUCAGCCCAAAGUCGUUGAACUGAAUGACAUGGAAGGAAAUCCACCCGUGAAACCGUCCCCCGGAGAGUUAUUUCUAGAAAGAUGGUCGCCUGCCAAGAAGAAGAUCAUUGGGAUAAUACUCUCUGCGUUUUCCGGGGUGAUGUACGCAGUUCAGUUCAUCCCGGCCAGAUACACACAGGAGCAUGACAACGGCGCCAGUCAGAACUCAAUCGACUAUGUGUUUGCUCACUACUGCGGUAUCUACCUCACCUCCACCCUCUACUUCAUCAUCUACGCUCUCUUCCGGCGCAAUCGGCCCAAGGUGUUCCACCAGGUGAUCGUCCCGGGCAUAGUGUCGGGCUUGAUGUGGGGGGUUGGCACGGCCUCGUGGUUCAUCGCUAACAAGGCUCUGUCAGACCCCGUCUCCUUCCCCAUCGUCUCUACCAUGUCUAUGGGAAUCUCUCUUCUGAUUGGAAUUGUGGCCUUCAAGGAGAUCAAGGGUCGUCGCAAUAUCAGCAUUGUUGUCUUCGCCAUGAUGUUCACCAUAGGUGGGGCAGUAGUGACAGGCCUCUCAAAGACGUGAUCCCCAGAGAGCCACGUCUGAUGUUGAAAAGCAUGAAUACUCGGACUACAACGAAUGACGUGACGCCGCCUGAAGGGGCUGUAGGCUCAAUACGUUGACAACAUCCGGCACUUUCUACUACCGUUAACACAAUCUCAUUAAAAUCAGUGUUCGGUACCAGUGUACAGAUCUGGGGACGUUGCAGUUCAUGUAACAUUAGAACGAUCUUUCCAGAACCUUUCACCGAUCAAUGGAAUGACGAACAGUGAGUGAGUGAGUAUGGUUUUACGCCGCUUUUAGCAAUAUUCCAGCAAUAUCACGGCGGGGGACACCCGAAAUGGGCUUCACACAUUGUACCCAUGUCGGGAAUCGAACCCGGGUCUUCGGCGUGACGGAAUGACGAACAGGAAGUCGACAGUAGCCAGUCUGAAAGCAGUUCUUUCUAGCUUUACGGCACUAGUUACAAAAUGGCGACUUCCUUUCCAGACUGUUUAUUUUACAGUACUACAUAUUGUGUCAUUUUCGAAAUUUGAAAAGUGACCAAAAGAAAAUGCUGGAAUGUCUAAGGGCUAAGGAAAGUCUCUUCCGUUCCAAAUGUUUGUCCUAUUACAGCCCGUAACUGUCGUUCGGAAUGUCUCCUGUUAACAAUUUCAAGGUUGCAUGACUAGAAAUUAAACAUAUUCGGACUUUCACUUUCGCGAUCUCAUAAGCGACGCUCUGAUCGGUUGGCUCAAAAGACGUUCUGAUGUGACCUGCAUAUACUGGCAUUUCCUCAGAUCUUUGUGUAGCGGCAGUGAGAACUAUGAUCUUAGUAUAUCAAGAUUGCUGUUUACAAGACAAUGUAAAUAAUAACUUUAAUUUAAGUAUAAUAUCGUGGCGUAAAGAAAAUGUUGGUCGUUGGAGCAGUUUGUUGUUAUGUCACGAGCGAUUGUUUAAUUAGUGACAAACUCUUGUUACAUCACAAACAGAUUGUUGUUAAAUCGGAAGAGGACUUGUUGCAUCACGAAAAUAUGGCUGUUACAUCUUGAACUGAUGUCACAUUACUAUCAUUAUGUUGUUGAUGUUAAAUCACGAACUGACUGUUGUUAAAUCGUAAUCACACGCCGAGACGCCGAGACAAUGGACUGUUCAAAAGAUUAAUUGCCUGAUAUGUUUGUAUGUCUCAGUAAUGUUGUAUUGUUAGAACAUUACUCUAACAGUCAUUUUUGAAAUCACGACUGAUAGCUGUCAUUUGUGAUGUUUUAUGUAUAAUGCCUUAUUUACUAGUGUCAAUGUGAAUAAUUGUUGUUUUUCUUUAUAUUAGUGGUGCAUUAUCCCAGGAAUAUAGAGCAAUCUAAGUCACACCAUGACGUCAGACCAUUAUGACGUAACUCAGAAAGUGUACUUUGUCGUAGGAUUUUAUCGCCUUUGAUCUGCAUCUUAGCAAGUAGACGAAUGUAAAAUGAUACUGGUGUUUAUGUUGUGGUUGAAUGAGUCAAACGAUAAUUGUGGAAUAUGUCAAAUGAAUAAAUAUAAAUGAUGCUA